UCAUUUGAGCUAUGAUCAUCAUCAGAUUCAAAGCUCAAAACUUUAAACUCUAAAUCUGAUCUUACAUACACAUUCUCUAUCAAUGGAGGUUUCCGGUAUCGUAUCCAGUCGUCCUUCCUUCUUCUCCGGCGAGAUCGGCCCUCGCCGGACUUCUUUACAUAUGAUUAGAAGUUCAUCGAUGUCUGUUCCUUCCUUCAUCGAUGAAGGACAUGUUAAAUACUACUGCAGUGGAUUGAAAUUGAAACCCAUUUCAAUUCGAGGAGCUGUGAAGGAGAAUGAUUCAGCGAUUAAGAAGAAUAUGAAGAUGAUGAAGAAGAGAUUGAAAUUACUCAAAGGGUUAUCAAAGGAUGCUGCUUUCUUCUCUGAGAUGGAAAUCGGGUUCAAUUCCAAUUUUCAACAGGAUGAUGAAUCAACGAUUGAUAUAAACAAGGGGAAAACAGUAUCUGAAGCAACAGAGUUACUGUUAGCUCAACUGAAACAGCUAAAAGCAGAGAAGAAAGAACUGAAGAUGAAGAAGAAAAAUGAAAAGGCGAAAAUGUUACAUCUUGACUCAUCAUCAUCUUCUUCUUCUGAAUCAAGUGACGAUGAACGUGGACAGGUUAUGGAUAUGAGCCGUUUAAAGAAAGCAUUAGUCAAAGGAAACAGAAAGGAAGAAUCGCAGUCUGCAAUUGCUGUAACAGGAGAGAUUGGGCUUUUACCGGAAAACUGUAUCAAUGAGACAUCUUCUUAUUAUUAUUCUUCUUCUUCCCUCAUGGAAGCCAUUGAUGAUGCAAAGAUUAAAACUUUGUCUCAGAAGCCAGAGACAAAGAUGAUAGAGGUGUGUAUGGGGGGUAAAUGUAAGAAAUUGGGGGCUCCAGCAUUAAUGGAGGAGUUUCAGAAGACAGUUGGAGUUGAAAUAGCUGUUGUUGGAUGUAAAUGUAUGGGGAAAUGUAGAACAGGUCCAAAUGUUAAGGUACAUGAUGUCGAGCAGAGACUUCUGGUUUCAGCUGCGGCGGCAGAUGAAGAAGGAGAGAAGACAGUUGGUGGUGGUAGUGGUCAUGAUCAUCAACAUAAUCAUAAUACUUUACUUUGUACUGGAGUUGGGUUUGAGGAUGUUAGUGUGAUUGUCUCAAAUCUUUAAGAUUUUUCUCAUUUAUGUUUACAUAAUAAUAAAUGUAUUAUGUAGAUAUAUAUAUAAAUAAAUA